AUGUUUUGUGCUCGUCACGUUUUCCGGUGCUUCAAAUGGCUUGAGCGGGCUGGAGACCGCGUCACAGGCGCAGCAGGCCCAUAUUUCGUUGGGCUUGCAGUAAUAUUGCAGGCAAUUGGAGCGGCCAGCUUUUUCACCGUGAUUCAACCCAGCCUUCCCCUUCGUUGGCUUACUACACCCCCUUGUGUACUCAUUGCACUCAACCUCUUCACGCACUACUACUAUGUGUGUACAGUGCCACCUGGAUUCGUCCAAGGUGAAGUCUUGCAACCAGGGAGUGGUCGACUCUGGGCCUCACCUUCUCAACGGCCGAGCACGGGAGCUCGAUGGUCCAACCAUGGUAUCCCGCUAUUGGCAGCGAGUACCACUAUGUGUAGGAGGUGUGGAUUGAUGCGCCCCGAAAGGGCCCACCAUUGUCGGAUAUGUGGCCGGUGUGUGAUGAAAUAUGAUCAUCAUUGUCCUGUAAAUCUCCCUGCAGGGAUAAACCAAUGCGUCGGACUAAACAAUGAGAGGCAUUUCGUCCUUUUUAUGGCUUACCUAGUAUUAUCGACCUUUUUCUUGAGUAUUCUGGGUUACUCUCAAGCGCUAGAGGCAGUCGGCCUCACGUAUUCUAACGACUGGCCCUAUAUGGUGCCAGAGCUAGCUUAUGUCCUCACCUAUAUGCUCUCUGUUGUCAUUUGCAUUGCAGUGUUCAUAAUGCUCUGUUGGCAUUUGUGGGGUAUUGCUCGUGGAGAGACUACCGUCGAGGCCCAAGAUCAUGAAAUCUACAAGCGCAUUGCAAAGGACAGAGGCGAUAAUUUUGUGAAUUCUUUUGACCUUGGAAGGAGCGCUAACCUGCGCCUUUUCUUUAACAUUGGUCCGGACGGAUACCCGUGGUAUACCCUCAUUUUACCCCUACGAAUAAUGCCCUACACCGAUGGCCAUUCGUGGGCCCGGCGUGAAGGAUUUCAGAGACACCAAGGAAUUCAAGAGGGAGAGGAAUUGACAGAUGAUGACGACGACGACGAUAACACAUAG